UAAAAGAGAAGUAAAUGUCCGGAAGUUAUGGUAUUUCAGAAUAAAAUGACAAUUUCCCACUGAUCUAUCGUUAUUCCACCGUCUAGACACAGCAUAAUGGGAUAUCUAACACCAAGGAGGUUAUUAGUCUUCUAUUUCAUGGCAUUAUUCAUGUCAUUGAUCUAUGUUAUAUACAGUUUUGCUUCUUGGUGUCCCAACUCCUUCAAAGAAAUGAACAUGCGUUUCCCAAAUGACGGAGAUGUUAAUGAACUUCAGAUAAGAGACAAAAUGAUCUAUGAAAAGAAUGAGUUGCUCAAACUAUUACAGUCUAGAUUCCAAAAAGUGGAAACAAAUUUGAGAAGACUUUAUCCAGAAGUAGCUUCAGAAAUCUUAGAAAAAGACUCUAAUCCAAAUGAUCUGCCAUAUAUUUAUGCAAUAACUCCUACGUAUACCCGUCCAGUGCAAAAAGCCGAACUCAUUAGACUCUCUCAAACAUUCCUCCAUGUACGGAACUUUCACUGGAUAGUAGUAGAAGAUUCCGAUAGAAAAACUAAGUUAGUUGAAAACCUUCUUGAGCAUUCCGGACUAGAGUUUACCCAUUUAAAUGUGAAGACACCUGAUGCCUGGAAAUUGGCACCUAAGGAUCCUAAUUGGUUAAAGCCAAGGGGGGUACUCCAGCGUAAUCUUGGAUUAACGUGGAUCCGGGAGAAUUUAAAGAAAGGUGCUAACAAAGGUGUUCUCUACUUUGCUGAUGAUGAUAAUACCUAUGAUCUGCAAAUAUUUGAAGAGAUGCGUGGAACUAAGAAAGUAUCUGUUUGGCCUGUAGGACUUGUUGGAAAGUUAAGAUAUGAAAGUCCUAUUGUUGUCAAUGGGAAGGUUACAGGCUGGCAUACAUACUGGAUGCCUGAACGUGACUUUGCUCUAGACAUGGCAGGAUUUGCAAUCAACAUAGAGUUGCUAUUUGACAAGCCACUUGUGCAGUUUGAGUAUGAAGUAAAGAGGGGUUAUCAAGAAACUACUCUUCUUCGGGGGUUUGUCACAAAGGAAGAAUUGGAACCAUUGGCUGAUAAUUGUAGAAAGGUCUUGGUGUGGCAUACACGAACAGAAAAGGCAGAUUUAAGGAAUGAAGAAAAAUUAAAAAAAUAUGGAAAGCCUCCAUCUGAUCUUACAAUUGAAGUGUAAUACUUGUUUUUUUAAGAUUGGCAUCUUUCAUCUAGUUUGCUCAAUGAACUAUGUAUGAUAUAAAGAUAUAUGUACUAUAUUCUGUUAUUAAUUCAAUAAAUGAUGGAAUUCAUUUAAACGUUGGAUACGAAUUGUAAAUAAGAGACAUGAAGAGAAGAUCUGAAAUUAGUAUGAAUAGUAAAAUCUGGUAUUUCCAUACUUAAAGUUGCUCAACCCCUUAGUAAUCUGAUCCUCAACAUUCAACCAAAAAUAUGUAGUGAAUCAAAUGUACAUGUACAUUUAGCUAACACUUAUGGUUGGCUAUGAAACAUAUCUAGGCUUGAAAAAAUUGCUAGUACCAGAAAGUAAGCACAUUUUAAGAAUCCUGAGACAGAACAAUCUCAUAGGUUUCGGAAUUUGAAACUCAUGUUGCUUACGAGGUAAGCAAUUUUUUCAAGCUUAUACAUUUUCAGAAUAGGUUUUUAUCAUAGCCAGUCAAUAGUAGAAGUUACAGGGUGCUGCAAAUUGUUUCAGGAGUUAUUCAGAGGUUGAGCCACUUUAAGAAUGUUCCUGUUGUACUUUAGUAACCAGUAUAAAUUAUGAUAUACUUUUACUUUAUAUUGAAAUUUUGUUAAGGUACUGGCAUGAAUAAUAUUUAUGGUAGCAUUUAUAAUGUUGAAUUUUUAAGUCACCACAAGAAGUGGUGAGAUAUUGUUAUGGUCUCCAAUUUUUUGUGUCUGCGGUUGGCGUCUGGCAUUCGGUGUCUUGAAUAAAUGGCAGGUAGUGACAUUCAGCAUGUUAGGCCUUAUAUAUCUUUGUUACUCUUUUUGUAUUUGUCUAAUAAGAGAUGGAUGAGGUUAGAUUUGUAGAUUGACAAAAUAUAGUGAGCUAGUCAUGUAAGCAUUAUCAUGCUUGGAGAUGACUGAAAGAAUAAGAACCAACAACCAAUAGGAAGUUGGAAGGAUUUUAUAGGGCAACUCAAUUAAAAUAUUUAUCUCCGUUUUAUUGACAUGAAAUGAUGAGUGGCAAUGUAUACAUGUAUAGGGUAGAAUUAUACUCUAUCCAUCUUAACUGAGGAUAUGGGAAGUAGUACAAACCCAUUGUAUGCUCAGGCCUUUAUUGAUGUUAAUUUUCUGUAACGCAGGAUUUUCUGACCAGCUGUCCAAGAUUUUCAUUUUCCACUUUAUGCAAAAAAUACUGAUCAAAGUGAAAAAUGAUACCUCUAAACAGCAAUUUUAUUUGUAAGGGAGUUACUUGUCUGAUUUUGGAUAAUCAUUAUUGGUCCCUUUUUUCCUACCAUUGACUCCCAUGUUACAGAAACCUUAAAAUGUGAACACCUUGCAAUUUGAACAGCGAUAUUUGAAAAAUUAACCUGUCUA